AUGUCGUCUCAGCUCAGCAUUAAUCCUAUGCGGAUAACGGCCGUGCCCGAUGCCGUGCUCGAGAUUGUUAUCGACGGACAGGUCGUUCACGCCUCUACAGCCUCGCCCCAACAACAGCAACAAUGUGCCCCAAAACAGAGUAAACGCAACCCAUUGGUCAUAUCAACAACUGCAUCUGUGUCGUCUGAGCGGUCUCAUAGCCCUAUCUCGAUUCGACGGGAUCCCCUGCAUAACCCUCUUGCGAUGGGGUUCUCGACGUUGUCGUUGAGGGCACCACAGUAUGUGCCUGAUGUCUUUGAUGGGCUUGACGAUGAGGGGGAUUUUGAGCCUUUGGACAAUGACGAUGGUUAUAACGAUGUCGGGGAUGCUUUGGCCAACGCUCAUAUAUCGAAUCAACACUCCGACGGCGAGCAUGGAACACAAUCGAUUUCUCAUCCGUCACACGCCGAUAUCCCACAACUGCCAACAAACCCUGACGAACAACCUACCAAGGAGUCUGUCGCCCUUUACUACCGAACUGGACGUAGUUAUGAGAGAGUCGAACCAGCGAACUCUACCUCUACCCAACAUUUUUCAACAGCACUGGAAUACUACCUUGCAGCAGCUCAACACGGACAUGUCGAGGCCAUGAUCCGGAUAGGGCACCUCUACACCAACGGUCGAGGCGUCCCUCAGGACCACUCGAAGGCGUUCUCUUGGUACCUCCAGGCAGCCGAUAAGAACCGCGUCGUCGCCCAGCGGAUCGUUGGUGGCUCCUAUUUUCGCGGUCGAGGUGUUCUGCAGGACUAUGCCACGGCGGCGGAGUGGUACACCAAGGCCGCUUACCAGGGAGAUUCUCGAGCGCAGUAUAAUGUCGGGUUCAUGUGUCAUUACGGCAGAGGUGUUGAGCAGGAUUAUUCGAUAGCGCUGACGUGGUUCCUGGCAGCGGGGAACCAAGGCCAUGCGUUGGCGCAGAGUAGUAUUGGGUCCAUGUAUGCCAAAGGCCAAGGCACCGUCACAGACUUUGGAGCAGCAAUGAGGUGGUUCGGCAAGGCCGCGAACCAGGGUCUCCCUCUGGCGCAGUUCGGUAUUGGCAGCCUGUUUGCGCAGGGUCUUGGAGUCGACAGGAAUCUGGGUAGAGCUGCAGAGUGGUACCUCCUGGCCGCGCAACAGGGACAUGCGGAUGCUCAGAGUUGUCUCGCGAAUAUGUACUCGAUCGGGCAAGGAGUCCCCCUCGACUUUGUCAAGGCACGGAAGUGGUUUUUGAAGGCGGCUAAUCAGGGGAAUGUCCAGGACCAGUACAGCAUGGGGAUCUUGUAUAGUCGAGGGCUGGGAGGGCGGCACGACUACCCAAAGGCGAUGAAGUGGUUCUUGAAGGCCGCCAACCAGGGACUCAUCGACGCACAACACAGCAUCGCCAUCAUGCACAUUACGGGCGAGGGCGUGCCACAGGAUCAUGCAAAGGCUAUGUUGUGGUACAUGAAGGUUGCCGAGCAAGGGAACGUCGACGCGCAGAGGAUUAUCGGUCUUGCCUAUUUCCAUGGUCAGGGGCUUUCACAGGAUUUCCCAAGAGCGAUGGACUGGCUAAUGAAGGCAGCGGACCAGGGCGACGCACGGGCGCAGUUCAACAUCGGAUCCAUGUACCGGUCUGGAAAGGGCGUCUCGCAGGAUUUCACAAAAGCUUUCCCCUGGUUCCUCAAAGCCGCCGAACAAGGUCACGCCAAGGCUCAAUGCAGUAUCGGAGGCAUGUACGCCAAGGGCCAAGGCACACCCAAGGACUGUGACACCGCCAUGCGAUGGCUCCUCCAAGCAGCAAACCAAGGAUACCCACAGGCGCAGUUCGAUAUCGGCAACCUCUACUCCCAAGGCCUCGGCGUCGUCAAGGAGUUUUCGGAAGCCCUCGAGUGGUACCAGAAGGCAGCCAAGCAAGGCCAUAUCGACGCCCAGAGCACCAUCGGCAACAUUUACUAUGAUGGCAAGGAAGUCAAGCAGGAUUUCACCAAGGCGCGGGGCUGGUUCCUGAUGGCAGGCGAACACGGAAGGAUCCAUGACCAGUACAACCUCGGCCACCUCUUCCACAAUGGCCUCGGCGGCCCUCAGGAUUACGAGCAAGCCAUGAAAUGGUACCUACACUCCGCCACCCACGGAAACCACACCUCCGCCCAGUACAAGCUCGGCCUCAUGUACCGCAACGGUGAAGGCAUCCCCCGGGAUGGCCUCCAGGCCAAGAAAUGGUUCACAAAAGCCGCGACCCAAGGCCACCCCGAAGCCCAGUAUAUUAUCGGAACACUCUAUCGCGAUGGAGCAGACGGAGUUUACAAGAACUCUACCACCGCCAUGUCCUGGUUCAUCAAAGCCGCCAACAGGGGUCAUAAACUGGCACGGUUCAGUAUUGGGUGUAUCUAUCGGGAUAGUCAACCGGGGAUCCCUCAGGAUUUCUAUCAGGCGAUGGAAUGGUUCCUGAAGGCGACUUAUUCCGAUGGCGGUGACGGCGGGAAGGAGGAACGAGUGGAGGAGGAAGAGGAAGGGCUGAAAGGGAUAUCAGAGGCGGCGAUCGGGAGAAUGUACUUGAAAGGUCAAGGGGUGUUCCAGGAUAACACCAAGGCGUUGGAGUGGUUCUCGAAGGCCGUCGAGAAAGGAAACAGAGGGGCGUUGGAGACUGUGAGGGUGCUUCAGAAGGAAGUUGAGAAGGAGGUGAAGAGGAGUAAGAAGGCGGCAUUAAAGUUUUGGUAG